AUGCAGGAAACCCUAGCGACAUCGACCUUGUUGUUGGUCCCCAGCCGAUCCUCAAUCUCCAUGCAGGACAAGUUCUCCACUGCAGGCCAGACUUCGAGUGCAGGCCCCCAGCCCUCAAAGCCCUCAAUCAUCCCACCCCAUAGCAAGUCCAAGGGCUGGAAUUCUGGGACCAAAGUACGUCGGAUGCGCCGGAUUAUAGCCGAGGAUCCCGAGUGGUCCCUGGCCACCGUUCCCCUCCUCACAGAGCUCUGCAUUCAGCACAUCGUCAAGAACUUCCACAACAACCCUAUCCUGAAGCGGCUGCUUCCAGAGCACCAGCAGAAGGUGCUGAACCACUUGUCACCCGACCUGCCGCUGGCAGUGACCGCCAACCUGAUCGACGACGAGAACUACUGGCGCCGCUGCUGCGAGCAGCGCUGGCCCGUGUGCCACGUGGCCAGGCACGGCGGCAGCUGGAAGCGCCUGUUCUUCGAGCGGCACCUGGGGAACCUGAUCAAACAGUUCAUCCCGAGCACCACGGACCCUGCCGUGAUCCUCGACCUGCUGCCGCUCUGCGGAAACUACGUGCGCGGGCUGCGCGUGGACCAGUUCCUUCCGCCGGUGCGGCUCCCGCCCCAACCCCGGAGCGGGGAGCUGUCCGACUCCGGCAGCGAGGUGGAGAUGGAGGAGCCCGCCACGGACCACUACCAGCUGUGUGACUUGGUGGCUGGCCUGAGCCACCUGGAGGAGCUGGACCUGGUGUACGGGGUCAAGGACUGUGGCAUGAACUUUGAGUGGAACCUCUUCCUCUUCACCUACCGGGACUGCCACUCGCUGGCGGCCACCAUCAAGGCAUGCCACACCCUCAAGAUCUUCAGGCUGACCCGAAGCAAGGUGAACGAUGACAAGGCCCGCAUCCUAAUUCGUAGCCUCCUAGAUCACCCUGCCCUUGAGGAGCUGGACCUGUCGCACAACCUCAUCGGUGAUCGGGGCGCACGUGCUGCAGCCAAGCUGCUGAGCCACAGCCACUUACGCGUGCUCAACAUGGCCAACAACCAGGUGCGGGCACCUGGUGCCCAGUCUCUGGCUCACGCCCUAGCACACAACACCAGCCUCAUUUCCCUCAACCUGCGCCUCAACUGCAUCGAGGAUGAGGGCGGCCAGGCACUUGCCCAUGCCUUGCAGACCAACAGGUGCCUCACCACCCUGCACCUCGGGGGCAAUGAACUGUCUGAGCCCACUGCCACGCUGCUGUCCCAGGUGCUUGCCGUCAACACCACGCUCACCAGCAUCAACCUCUCCUGCAACCACAUCGGGCUGGAUGGCGGGAAGCAGCUCCUGGAAGGCAUGUUAGAAAACAAGACCCUCCUGGAGUUUGACCUGCGCCUGUCAGAUGUAGCCCAGGAGAGCGAGUACCUCAUUGGCCAGGCCCUCUGUGCCAACCGGGAAGCUGCCCGCCAGCGGACCUUGAAUCCUGGCCAAUUCAUGUCCCCAAUCAUUGCCAAGGGCCCUGAGAACCCUGUGGGAUAA